GACUGGAAGAAGAAACAAAGUGCGAGGAUAACACAGGAAUGAAGUAUCAAACUGCUGCUCAGAGUAAAUCUCUAUUAGAUAUGGAAGUUGCCAACUACUGUGAUUGUCUGGAUCCUUCAUACAGCACACUGGGCUUUGACAAUUCGGAUGUAUUUUAUGGAGGAGGAGGAGAGAGCAUGCCAACAGAGUCGAGCCUACCGUGUUCGGACGGCGCCAACAGUAACUGCGCCAUCUGCGGAGACAAAGCCACAGGCAAACACUACGGCGCCUCCAGCUGUGACGGCUGCAAGGGUUUCUUUAGGCGCUCCAUACGCAAGAACCACGUCUACACCUGCAGGUUCAGCAGACAGUGCGUCGUUGACAAAGAUAAGAGGAACCAGUGUCGUUUCUGCAGACUCAACAAAUGCUUCAGAGCUGGCAUGAAAAAAGAAGCUGUGCAGAAUGAGAGAGAUCGGAUCAGCUCUAGAAGAAGUAUUUCUAACCCUCAAGAUGUUCCGCCCAUCACAGUUUUGGCCCAAGCGGAAUCGCUAUCCCAACAGAUCAGCACUCCCGUUGGAAUAGCAGACAUAACAGAGCCGAAAUCCGCCACUGUUGGGGAUGUGUGUGAGUCUAUGAGACAGCAACUACUGGUUUUGGUGGAAUGGGCCAAAUACAUUCCAUCCUUUGGAGAACUACCUCUGGACGACCAGGUGAGCUUGCUCAGGGCUCAUGCAGGUGAGCACCUCUUGCUGGGAGUGGCCAAAAGGUCAAUACCAUUCAAGGACUUCCUGCUUUUAGGUAACGGCUGUGUGAUACACAGGAACAGUCCCGAAUCUGCGAUCUCCCGGGUUGCGAACCGAGUUCUGGAUGAGCUGGUCCAGCCUUUCCAGGAUAUUCAAAUCGAUGACAAUGAGUACGCCGCACUCAAGGCCAUUGUCUUCUUUGACCCCGAUGCAAAGUCUUUGCGGGACCCUUCAAAGAUCAAAGCCACGCGUCUGCAGGUCCAGAUGAGUCUGGAAGACUACAUUAAUGACCGCCAGUAUGACUCGCGCGGUCGUUUUGGGGAGCUGUUACUCCUUCUGCCCACCCUGCAGAGCAUCACUUGGCAAAUGAUCGAACAACUCCAGUUCAUUAAGCUGUGCGGUCUGAGCAAGAUUGACAACCUGCUGCAAGAGAUGCUGCUGGGAGGCUUGACGUCGGAGAACACCCACCUGCACCAUCCGCCGCACACCCAGCUGAGCCAAGACCCCGUGACUGGACACACGCUGCUCACCAGCAACAUGCCAAUUGCGCACCCUCAACAGAUGGCCUCUCCAGACACCCCCAUCCCAUCACCUCCGCAAGGUCAAGUCCCUGAGAUGUACAAACACUUUCCUCAGCCCAUUUGCCCUCCAGCCAGUCCUUCACCUUCCGCACAGACAGACCCCUGACAUGGGAUCAGUGUCUUAUAUUACAUCACGCCUUUGGUCUCAAUCAUUGUGGAAGAAAAAUGGAGCCCUGUCCAGACUCCUCGCGUAUUUCAUUUAUCGAAAGGCCAAGAUGCAAUGUGCUCCAACAUUGACUCGAAUAUUUUCAAGUUAAUUGUACCAAACGACCAAUGUAACAAUAUUUCUGUCAGCUGUAUGCUGUUUUAAUUUGAAGUCGCCAAAAAUAUCAGUGUUCAACUUGACCACUGCCAUAAUAAAAGCACUGCUGAACUCCUUAACUAUCAAAACAGGGAAAAUACAAAGUGUACAUAGAAGACAAUAU